UGACGCGCGGCCGGGAAGUGACGGCGGCGGCGGCGGGAGCGCGGCAGCGCGGGGCCGGUGCGGGCCAUGAACAGCCGCCUGCAGGAGAUCCGCGAGCGGCAGAAGCUCCGCCGCCAGCUCCUGGCGCAGCAGCUGGGGGCCGAGAACGCCGACAGCAUCGGCGCCGUGCUCAACAGCAAGGAUGAGCAGCGGGAGAUCGCGGAAACCAGGGAGACCUGCAGGGCUGCUUAUGAUACUUCUGCACCAAAUGCAAAACGUAAAUAUCCAGAUGAGGGAGAAGCUGAUGAGGAAGAGAUUGAAGAAUAUAAGGAUGAAGUAGAGCUGCAGCAAGAUGAAGAAAACCUGCCUUAUGAAGAAGAGAUUUACAAAGAUUCCAGUACCUUUCUUAAGGGCACUCAGAGCUUAAAUCCACACAACGAUUACUGCCAGCACUUUGUGGAUACAGGACACAGACCCCAGAACUUCAUCAGAGACGUUGGCUUAGCAGAUAGGUUUGAAGAAUAUCCAAAACUUAGAGAGCUCAUCAGAUUGAAGGAUGAGCUGAUAUGUAAAUCUAACACUCCUCCCAUGUAUUUGCAAGCAGACUUGGAAGCCUUUGAUAUUAGGGAACUGAAGUCCAAAUUUGAUGUGAUUCUCCUGGAGCCACCAUUGGAAGAAUAUUACCGAGAGACUGGCAUUACUGCCAAUGAAAAAUGCUGGACCUGGGAUGAUAUCAUGAAAUUGGAAAUUGAAGAAAUUGCAGCCCCAAGGUCAUUUGUGUUUCUGUGGUGCGGCUCGGGCGAGGGUCUGGAUCUCGGCCGAGUGUGUCUGCGCAAAUGGGGUUACAGAAGAUGUGAGGACAUUUGCUGGAUUAAAACAAAUAAGAACAACCCUGGCAAGACCAAGACUCUAGACCCCAAGGCUGUCUUCCAAAGAACCAAGGAGCACUGCCUCAUGGGCAUCAAGGGCACCGUGCGCCGCAGCACCGACGGAGACUUCAUCCACGCCAACGUUGACAUCGACCUCAUCAUCACUGAGGAGCCUGAAAUCGGCAACAUAGAGAAACCUGUGGAGAUUUUUCACAUUAUUGAGCACUUCUGCCUCGGGCGGCGGCGGCUUCACCUCUUCGGGAGAGACAGCACAAUUCGACCAGGUUGGCUGACGGUGGGACCCACCCUCACAAACAGCAACUUCAACGCAGAAACGUAUUCCUCGUAUUUCACGGCUCCCAAUUCGCACCUGACCGGCUGCACCGAGGAGAUCGAGAGGCUGCGGCCCAAGUCCCCACCGCCCAAAUCCAAGUCCGACCGGGGUGGGGGUGCUCCCAGGGGAGGAGGAAGAGGAGGGACUUCGGCAGGACGGGGAGAAAGGGGCAGGGAGAGGAACAGAACCAACUUCCGCGGUGAGCGGGGAGGCUUCAGAGGGGGCCGUGGAGGGACCCAUCGAGGGGGCUUCCCCACCCGCUGAGGAGGUGACGGCUGCUUCCCCUGCCUAUGCCUUGACUGGGAAUCUUUCCUGUAGUCUUGUUUUUCCUACAGUGAAAAAUUUCCUCCUUCCUCUGGGGACUCAAGCUAGAUGACUUUUACAAUUGUUUUUGGUGCACACCGUUCCAGAUAGUCGGCCUUGCAGUCUCAGCCCUUUACAUCACGGGUAGGAUGGAAAUUACCCCCUUGCUUUCCACUUAGGAACCUUGCAAGCUGGAGGCUUCUAUUUCAGCUUCAUUUUCUCCAAAACAUGGAUUCCUCCUCCAUCGUCGAAGGUUUGGGUUUGGAUUGUGUUGCAUUAAUAUGAUGGAGUGGGCAUGAAAUGCAGUUCUGAAUUGCAUGGCCACUUGCUGUCCUAUGGAAGAAAAAGUUCUGUGUCUGUAUUGACACCUAUUUUAACUUCUCUGAAACCAAGGAGUAAAUGAAAUAAAUAGGAAUCUAUUUUUUCUUAUUUGGUUUAAACUUCCCAAAUUAUUCCUGGGAAUAGGAAAAAGUUAAUUUUUAAUUUGUGGUGUAUAUGCACUCACAUAUCGUGUCAGUAGUGGGGACAGUGGUAAUUCUGUGCAGGUGUAUGUUGUCCUUCCUGGAAAGCGCUGAGUUGUGCAUUUAUGUGCAGCCCAGAAGUUGUGCACAGGUCUGGGCUGCUCCUUGAGUGGGGAUCCUCCCCCAGUGUGUGUCUGUAACACCUUGUUCCUUGGGAGGGAAGAGCAGUGUCACUGCAGAGCCGUCCCAGAGACCUCACUGGAGGGUUGCCCCGGGAGGUGGUGUGUGUGUGUGAUUCCUGAAACAGGCAACGCUGAGGGAACUGAGUGCUGCCUUUCCCUGCGGGUGUUGCCCACAUUGGAGAAUGGCUGUUGCCGAUACAGUGCAGUGUGGAAAGAAAGUGACCCCCUUCCCUAGGUACAGUGUCUGUUUUUAGCAAAACCACAACUCUGAGCUUCUUGUGCAGUUCUUGGUAGGCUGAACAAACCCAGCUUUUGAUGUCUCAGUGUCUUAGGUGAGGGUUUUGGAAAACUGGCGUUUAAGUCUGAAUAUCUCUCCUGAAGCCCAGCUUUUAAAUGACUGUCCUGUAAAGUAGUGGAUUAUUAAACAUGUUUAUCAAAGCUGAUGUUUAAAUAUCUUUCUUAAUAUUUUGUGUGUUUGUUGUCCUUGAGGUUUUGGCAUUGCUAAGUGGUUUCCUCUGUGCUGUUGUAGAGAGGAGCUGUUCUUUUGAUUUAGAAGAUUUUGAUGGGCUGGGGAACCCUCUGGCUUUGGUCAUGUUUAGCAGGAGAUUGCUGUAGUGCCAGUGGAAACUGCCUGUUGUUUACAGCUUGUUUCUUCCUCUGCCAUAUGUGCAUAUCUGUAGAGUGACUGGAUUUGGGAAGGGGAGUUUUAAAGUUGAUGUGAAAGUUGAGGGGAGUUACGAAGUUGAUGGUCAUUGGUGAAGUUCCAUAUAGCCACGGACUAUAUGGAACGCACCUGAGAGAAGGUAAAUGCCCUAGUAGGGACACUUUUGGUGAUUUUUGCUCUAAUUAUGUUAUUUGAAAAGUAAAGACAUUUUACCUUAGGACCCCUGCUUUUGUGCCAGGGAAAAGUAUUUUCUUGUUUUUCAAUGAGUAGAAAACAUUAAUUUCCAUUUCCCCCUUUUAAUUACAUGCCCAAUACUGGUAGUUCAGUGAAUGAGCUGCUUUUAACAUACACUUAGGCUAAAGGGAAGAGGAGGGUCAAAAGCUAUUGGAUCUGAAGUGCCUCUGUAUUAGUUUGUGGUGCUGCUCAAGACUUCACUGACUGAAGAAAGUCCUGACAGGGCAGGACAAGGAUUGUUCUCUGUGUGGUGCCCAGAUUUGGGGUUCCCUGUCAGCUGUGCUGAAUUACACCCAUAGCCCCAAAUUCCCUGCUCCAUUCCCACUGCAGUAACCUCCCAGUGCCCCAUGGAGUGUGGGCAUUCCCAUGCAGAGCUGCUGCCUUGGACAGCAGCUGUGCCAGGAGCAGCAGAGCUUCCAAGGAAGCUCAGCAGCAGCACAGGGACAAGGACAGGGUUAUGUGGCACAGAACUGGCAUUUAUAACCCUCCCCCCAGUGAUGUCCCUGGGGGCACUGGACAGAGCUGCCUGGAACUGAGCUGGUUUCAGCCCCUGAGCUCCAGGAUGGAGAACAUCCAGUUGGUGUCUAAAGCAGGAGAAGGCAGUGGCCAGAUGUGCUCCCAGCCUGUGCUGGGGCAGCCCCUGUGCCCAGGGGGGGACAUCUCUCCCUGCAGAAGCUCAGCUCCUUUCAGAGCCUCAGCAGUGGCCUCUACAGAUUCUUUUCCCUCAGGAAAGGGAUGCACAUCCCUGUCUUCAGCACACCUCCAGUGGGACCUACCUGUGAAAGCUUUCCACCACUUGUGCACUUGCAGCUGGAUCCUGAAAAACUCCAAACUCCAUCCCCACUGAUUUCCAGGUAUCUCUGAGGGCUCCUGCCUGGGAUUCAGUAUCUGUGGGGGAAGAUUGCCUUGGCUGUAAUGCUGCUGAUGGAUGAUGGCCUCAGGCUGGGCAGGAGGGAAGGGAUUUGGGGUGGCUGGGACAUAGCUGGCAGCUGUGUGGGAGCUCUGAACCGGGAAUUGCUGCGUGAGCCCCUGUGCAAACAGCCUGUGCCUCCAUUCCCAGGUAAUGCCAGCUGCUCCUUGGGCUCCUUCCGGGCUCUUGGUGCUCUGUGUGGGCUGGGGCAUUUCCACGUGCCUGCUCAGAGCAGCCCCUGGCCCAGGAGCCACGGUGCAGGCACAGCUCCUCCUGCAGAUCCCAGGGACACGAGGGGCUGCUGCCUUCAGGAGCUUCUGGCUCCUCCUGCCCUGCGCUCCCAGCCCGCUGGGACACCCUGAGGGAACACCAAGGAGCACGGCUGGCAGCGAGCAGGAGACACCGAGGCCUCUGGGCCCAGAAACAGCCCCGGCCCCAGCAGCCACCGUCACUUUGAGCUGGCAACGCUCACCUGCAGGAAACGCCCCCUGCCACUCUCCAGAGGAACCCUCAGGAGCUGUCUGGUUCACUUCUUCCUGGGGAAACAAAGGGACAUUGUGUGAGCACAUUUACAGCUGCUGGGUAAAUCCUGGAAAGGGCAGAACAAUCAGGGUCAUGGGGAAGAGUUUGGUGCUGACAUGCUGAGUGCCAGCCAGUUCUGCCCUAGAGCCAUUGCAGGGGCUGGUGUGUAAAGCAGCAUCCACAGAAGGGAAGGAGCUGCAUUUGUAGAGGAGCUCUCUUACUGGCAGCAGUCAUUCCCAUCCCAUGCAGGACUUUGGAACAACCCUGGGAUUGGCCCAGGUGUUUGGAGCAGGGUGCUGACAAGGCCAGAAUUCUGUGAUCAAUGCGCAGCUGGGCCGGUCACUCCUCAGCAUUUGACUCGAUGAUCCUCACAGCUCUGGAAAUAAAAGAGCAAAGAGUUUUCA